UCUCUCGCGGGCUGCUCCGCUCUGUCCGCGCCCCCGCUGGAGGCCAGUUGUCUUCCGCCCGCCGACUCGGCCCACGGGCGCGCGCCCGCUUCUGGGUUCUUCUACCCGCCCGCCCCCCUCGGCGGCCUGCAGAUUUCUUCUCGUAGUCUUCUGCGCCUGCGCAAAGAGCGUGGGCUCUCGAGAGUGGUUAUGUUGUGGCGGCGGUUGCUGUAGUGAGAAGCCCCACAUGGAGCCUUCCCCGGGCACAGCAGAGGAACCUGAGCUGAGACAUGUAGAAAAAGAUGUGUUAAUUCCAAAAAUGAUGAGAGACAAGGCCAGAGAGCUAUGUUCAGAUAAAGUGCAAGCUUUUACCAAAUGCUGCCAAGAAUCUGGCUUUCUUAUGGUGGUGAAAUGUCAACAGGAAAAUGCAGCAUUGAAAGAAUGUCUGACUACAUACUAUAAUGAUCCAGCAUUUUAUGAAGAAUGCAAAAUCGAAUACUUGAAGCAAAGGGAAGAAUUCAGAGCUACUGGAAUUCCUGCUAAACAAAGACAACAGAAGCUUCCUACAAGCAUGUAGCUAAAUCCUAAAAUGAAGUUUGGAAAUUUACUUCAGUUAUCGACACGUUGAUUUGGUGGAAUAAGUAAGUUAACUGAAUAAGCAGACUCAAUUUUUUUUAAAAAAAUCAAGUUGUCCGAGGCAGGAUUUGAUUGAAAUAAAUGUAUCUCAUGUUGUAUUUUGUGUAUUAGGAAUAAACUCUUUUAUGAAUUAAUCCAAAAUAACUAGGAUAUAUUUUUGACCUGCUCCAAGGGUUUGAGGAACUCUGUUGUGUAGCAUAUUUUGAGUAAAAAAGUUGUUAGACCAAUCCAUUCCUACUGAACGUUCUCCUGACUUACCCUCCCUCCACUAAUAUUCCUCUCUGUAGAAUUUAGAUUUUUUUGUAAUAAAAGGAAGACAUUUUGCUUCUGUUUACCCAAGAUAAUCAAUUCCAGCUAUUGUCUAUGUAAAAGAACAAUUUAAGGUGUGCCUUUACUCUCAUUUAACAUUGUUACAGCUGCUGUACAACAAAACACUGUGUAUGCAUGAACCAGUUAGGCUUGAAAAAAUAUUCUGUACUUAGCUUAGGAAAAGUGCCCUAUCAGGAACUGUUCAAACACAGUAUUUUUAAAAUUCUACUUGUGACUAAUUUAA